GCAGGAAACAGCGAGCCGCCGCAGCUGAGGAUUCAGGAGAACUGCAGACCUACUUUUAGGUUUUAAACCGGUCCUUAGACGGGACAUUUGAUCGGAAAAUACGUGGUGAACGACACCCUGAGACUCUGUGUUUUCUGCUCGGCCUCCUUUUAUUUGGGUUUGGAGUAGCAGGGCGUUACUAGCCAAGUAAAACACCGGACACUGACCGGAGGUUUAAACCUAACCAGUGGCUGUAACCGUCGGACAUCGGCGAAGCAACGGCCGUUUGGAGUCAGUGCGUAGUCUGUGGGCCUGCAGGCUCUAGGAGGGUGGUGAGAGGAUGAAAAGGUUCAGGCGACAUGGCCAGGAGUCCCAGAGAGACCGACUGAAACAGGAACUUUUCCAGUUCAGCAAGACAGUGGAGCAUGGAUUCCCCCAUCAGCCCAGCGCUCUGGGCUUCAGUCCCUCCCUGCAGCUCCUGGCCAUUGGCACUCGCUCUGGGGCCAUCAAACUGUAUGGAGCUCCAGGUGUGGAGUUCAUGGGUCUCCAUGAGGAGAAUGCUGCUGUGACACAGGUGCACUUCCUCCCACACCAGGUUGAACUGGUGACUCUUCUAGAUGACAACAGUCUUCACAUGUGGACGCUGAGAGCUCACAAGGGACUUUCUGAACUAUUAGAGAUAGGACGCUUCACACUCACCGGACCACCAGGCGCCCCCCCAAGUGUGACCAGAGUAACCGCAGUGCUGGCCCACUCCUCAGGAGAGCUGCUGCUGCUGGGGACAGAGGGCGGUCAUGUCUUUGUAGUCGAGGUCCCUGGCUUCAGAGAGCUGGAGGAGAGAAACAUCAGCCUCGAUCAAGUCUCCAGCAGUGUACCAGAUGAUUAUAUAGGCCGUAGGAACCUGGAGCAUGUGGAGGCUUUACAGGAGAAUCCAGUCAACCCAAACCAGGUUGUUAUUGGCUACGGCAGAGGCCUCAUGGUCAUCUGGGAUCUAGAAACACAGCGUGCCGUCCAGCACAUCCCUGCUACUCAGCAACUGGAAAGUGUCUGGUGGACAGAGGAUGGCAGCCAUAUUCUCAGUUCACAUAGUGAUGGCAGCUACUGUCGAUGGUCAGUGGGUGGGGAAGACUCAAAGGAUGAGGAGGAGAAAUCUGAUAUUCCUUAUGGACAUUUCCCGUGCAAGGCCAUUUCUAAAAUUGUUCAGCUACCUACAGCCAAUGGGCCUCCGUUCCUGGUGUUCAGUGGUGGUAUGCCCAGGGCCAGCUAUGGGGACAGACACUGUAUCAGUGUGAUCCACAGUAAAACACACGUGGCCCUGGACUUUACAUCGAGGAUCAUUGACUUCUUUGUCAUUAGAGACGGACCACAGCACACAGGUGAUCCCAGUGCACUGGUUGUCCUAGUAGAGGAGGAGCUAGUGGUGAUAGAUCUUCAGACAGAGGGCUGGCCAGUCAUCCAGACACCUUAUCUAGUUCCCCUCCACAGCUCGGCCAUCACCUGCUCCCACCACGUCUCUUCCAUCCCCCUCAAAUUGUGGGAGAGGGUCAUCGCUGCCGGAGAGCUACAGCUCACACACUACUCCAAAAAGCCAUGGCCAAUCACAGGAGGCCAGAACCUGGCCCCAGACCCUCCACAGAGAGACCUGCUUCUCACAGGGCAUGAAGAUGGCACAGUGCGUUUCUGGGAUGCAUCGGGAGUAUGUCUGUAUCCUAUGUAUAAGCUAAGCACCGCUGGUGUGUUCCACACAGACACCGAUCCCAAUGACAACAUGAACCAAGGCACUGAAGGAGAGUGGCCUCCAUUCAGAAAGGUUGGCUGUUUUGAUCCUUACAGUGACGAUCCAAGGCUGGGCAUUCAGAAGAUCCACCUAUGUAAAUAUAGUGGCUAUCUGAUUGUGGCAGGCACUGCUGGACAGAUCCUGGUGCUUGAGCUGAAUGACGAGGAAGCCGAGCAGACAGUGGAGGCUAAAGUCGUUGACUUGCUGCAGGGCCAGGAGGGAUUCCGCUGGAAGGGACACACUCGUCUGGAUGUGCGAGAAGAGCCAGUGCUGUUUCCUCCAGGCUUCCAGCCUUUUGCCCUGGUCCAGUGCCAGCCUCCUGCUGUGGUCACUGCCCUCACCCUGCACUCGGAGUGGAAGCUGGUGGCCUUUGGCACCAGCCAUGGCUUUGGGCUAUAUGACUAUCAACAGAAGAACAAUGUCUUUGUCAAAUGCACUCUAAACCCCAGUGACCAGCUGGCCAUGGAGGGUCCUCUGUCCAGGGUAAAGAGCAUUAAGAAAUCCCUCCGACAGUCCUUCAGGAGGAUUCGACGCAGCCGAGUCUCGCUCAGGAAACAUCAUGUCAACAAUGCUGCCAAGCUCCAGGAGGCAAAUGCCCGUCUGGAGGCUGAGCUAGCAGAGAUGGAGCUGGCACCUGUCCAGAGGAAGAUCGAGGCUCGCUCCUCGGAUGACUCCUUCACCGGUCUCGUACGGACACUCUACUUCGCUGACACCUUCCUUUCAGACAGUUCCCAUAACACACCCUCCCUAUGGGCAGGGACUAAUGGUGGCUCUGUAUUUGCAUACAUGCUCCGCCUUCCUCCUGUGGAGCACAGAACAGACGAACCCAUCACUGCACACCCUGCCAAGGAAAUCCAGCUCAUGCACAGAGCCCCGGUGGUUGGUAUAGUGGUGCUGGAUGGCCAUGGGGCUCCCCUUCCUGAACCCCUGGAGGUGGCUCAUGACCUGUCUCGCUCACCUGACAUGCAGGGCUCUCACCACCUCCUGGUUGUAUCAGAGGAACAGUUCAAGGUGUUCACACUGCCAAAGGUGAGCGCCAAGAUGAAGCUGAAGCUGACGGCUAUAGACGGUUCCCGGGUACGGCGGGUGGGCGUGGCCUGGUUUGGCAGCAGCCGGUCGGAGGACUACGGCGAGAGUGGCCUGGUGGUUCUGACCAACCAGGGCGACGUCCACGUGGUGUCGCUGCCCUCCGUCAAGAUGCAGGUUCAGUACCCCUGUAUCCGCCGAGAGGAUGUCAGUGGCAUUGCUUCCUGUGUCUUCACCAAACAUGGGCAGGGCUUCUACCUGAUCUCUCCAUCUGAAUUUGAGCGUUUCUCUCUAUCCACCCGCUGCCUGGUGGAGCCUCGGUGUCUAGUGGAGCUUCCUGCUCAUUCAGCCUCCCCCACCCAACACAGACCACAGCCUGAUGGAGCUACCUCAGCUCACAGAAAUUCCAGAAGAGAUAGUGAAGAUGCAGAAAGCGCUGCUAGACGUGUUAUGGAGCAUGCUUUGCUGAAUGAUGAGACGGUACUUCAGGAGAUCCAGAAGUCACUAGAAGUAGAUCAGACAUUGUUCCUGGAGAAUAAUGUGAAGAGUGCUGUGGCUGGAGAAACGGUGCUGAGCAAUGGAGACUGAGUUGCUGUCCCAUGUGCCUGAGGGCUGCCGCCAUCUAGCAGCACACCCACAGACGACGCCAACACUACUACCACUACUGACCCCUGACCCCUUGCCUCAGAGACUGACCUCCUGGUUCAAUCCCAGCUCGCCUUGGCUCCCUCCUGGUGAACUACCAAAGGGCUCUCAUCAGUAGCUCACUACACCGAGCGAGGAGGCUGUUAAAAGACUUGCCAACCGGCCCAGACAGAGAGGGCAGGGAGGGAUCACCGCCUGUGCCUCUGCAGCAUGGUCACAUGCCAUUCAACCCCAAGCCGCUUGGCAAACAUUCCUAACACGUGACCUACGCGACAAGUUCAUCACACAAAAUCUUGGCGCCAAUUCCCAUCCACACCAGCAUCUCCAGUAUACCAUAGACAUCACUUCUUUAAGCUCUGACUAAAAUAGCACCCAAUUUUCAGUCUUGAAAGCCUUUUUUUUUUUUUUUUUUUUUUUUUUUUUUACCAGCAGCCUUUUCACUUCAGCCUUCAGCCUGCUGAAGUGGUUUGUCUAUUCGCCGCUUCCCUCUGCUGCACAGUCUUGCUGGCCUUCAAUUCCUUCCACAUGGACAUAAGUGCAGUAAAUAAGGGGAAGGAAUACAUUUUAUUUUUAUGUUGAUGGAUAAUGUUUUGUAUCUUGAUCUCGACAUGUGACUUGUGCCUGUUUCUCUAUUUUUAUAUUCAAUCAGUCCUUACAAAACCUCAAAUCAACACAGAGGACUGUUUAAGGGAAAAGAAAUGUUUUCAGAGCAAAAAAAAAAGAUUGUAUGCUGCACAUGAUGCAGAAUUUGUUUUAUAUAUUUUGGAGCCACAUUUUGCCAGCAUUUUUUUUUUCUUUUCAGUUGCCACAUUCAAAGUUAAUGAUGGAUUAAUUUAGCAUCACCAUGCUGGUACAUUACUGUAUAUUGCUAACACAUCCCUCCUCCCCUCCCGUCCACUCUGUCACCUGAUGAAUAGUUUGUAACCUGCCGUAGGUACUUCUCUGCUACUGUGGAGCACACAAUGCUGUACUUUUUAGGGGGACAAGUUUGUAUGGGGUUUGGUUUUGAAUUUUUUUUUUUUUUUAAUGUAAAUCUUUUUUUUAUGCCAGCAAUGAAAAAUGUAAUUUAGGAAUGUAAUUUUAAGAUAAUGUAGUCAAAUGUUUUAAUAUAUAUGUAUAUGAAUCUGUACCUGUGUUUAACAGUGGGUCUAUUUUAACAGGGGUUGGCUGCUAUUUAGUCUGAUCUUACAAGGAAAUAUUUUGGUACUGUCUCAAAAUGCUGGGUAUUUUAGCAUUUGUGGCUUAGAAUAUAUUUUUGUAGUUAAUGAUUUAAAUCUGAGAACUCUAAUUUUUUUGAUUUGUAACUUCACACUAAAGUAUAAUUAUUAUUACAUGUUUUUCACAAGAA